AUGGCAACACUGGACCACUUGAAGAAUUACCCAAGAGCCGAAGACUUCGCGCCGAGGAGUAUGCCCCCUCCAUGUAAAUCUAGGGGGCGUGGGCCGCCCCCCACUAGUGGUGCUUGUACGUAUGGCGUGCACAGGUCGGAGGGGCGCUACCGGUACCGGCGGGAGGCUGACGGGCUGGAGCAGUGGGAGUAUCCGGCAACAGAUGACACCGACAUGGAUAUCUCCACCACACCACCUCACCCCGGCAUCGAACCUAAGGAGGAGCCUCCGAGCCCGCAGUUGCCGCAACCGGCACCGCUGCCGCCUCCCCCUCCCGCGUCGCCCCCCUCCCCCGCGGCGCCGAUCCCCGGUGAGCGCGGCACCACGCCGCCGCCGCCCGCGUGGCUUGAGCCCCCUCCCCCGGGCUGCGACGAGCCCCCACCACUACCGCCGGAACCGAAAAAAGAGAUCGGCGACGAGCUGAUGUCCUUCUACAACGAUAUCGCGGAGCUUGAGAAACAAUCCGGUCCAAACACAGCGUCCAAUUCCCCGGAGCCGCCGCCGCCGCCGGAAAUCAAAGAUUUCAAGGCGAAAGACAAAGAUGCUAAAACUAGUAAGAAGAAAUCAAAGGUAAAAAUAUCUACAUCGAUAGGUCUGAAACACAAAUCUGUAUCCACCUUAGUUGCGAAAUGGCAGCAGGUCGCCGAAGAGAUCAGUUCCGAUUGA